GUGGCACAUACAGACUGCUUGGGUAGAAAGAAAACUGCGCCUUAGGAUGGAAAAACAACCAAGCCAAGGCGAAGGGGAGUGCCCUCCCUGCGCCCUCUCCCCACAGCAGUGGCCAGCCCUGUUUGCCUCUUGCCUCCGGGUCAGCAUCACCUGACUCUGCCCUGGACAGGCCUCACAGGGUAGAGGGCAAAGUCUAACCACAUGGCUCUGGGCUCCCCCACACCCGCCUGACCACAUCCCCAGGGCAGCUGCGAGGUCAAGGUCCUGGUAGGUGGAGACUGAGGAGAGCACAGCAGGUGCCCAGGACAGGUGCACCUGAGCACAGCGGCCCCAGUCCUGUGCGGUUAGUUGCCAGGUGCCUGCGCCCAUGCCUGCCAUGGGGUCAACCUGGAAGGAGCAGAUCUUCAUGGUCCUGCUGGGGGUAGCCACGGCCUCCGGCCUCACUGUGCUGGUCCUUAUCCUGAUAGAGGCAACCACUGUCCUGCUGCCUGCAGAGACCAAGUUCGGGGUUGUGUUCGACGCUGGCUCCUCCCACACGUCCCUUUUUGUGUACCAGUGGCCAGCAGACAAGGAGAAGGACACGGGUGUGGUCAGCCAGGCCCUAGCAUGCCAGGCAGAAGGGCCUGGGAUCUCCUCCUAUGCCUCGGACCCCGCACGGGCGGGCGAGAGUCUGAGGGGCUGCCUGGAGGAGGCGCUGGCACUGGUACCAGAAGCCCGGCAGCGGGAGACGCCCAUGUUCCUGGGGGCCACGGCUGGCAUGAGGCUGCUCAGACAGAAGAACAGCUCCCAGGCAAGGGACAUCCUCGAGGCUGUCUCCCAGGUCCUGGGCCAGUCUCCCCUGGAUUUCUGGGGUGCUGAGGUGCUGGCUGGACAGGACGAAGGUGCCUUCGGCUGGAUCACUGUCAAUUACCUGCUGGGAAGGCUGAUCCAGUACUCCUCUGGACAGUGGACUCAGCCUGCCCAGGGGACACUGGUGGGCGCCCUGGACAUGGGGGGCGCCUCCACCCAGAUCUGCUUUGUGCCCCGCGGCCCCAUCCUGGACCAGAGCAGCCAGGCCACCUUCCACCUCUACGGCGCCAACUACAGUGUCUACACACACAGCCACCUCUGCUUUGGGCGUGACCAAGUGCUGCUCAGGCUCCUGGCCCUGCUGCUGCAGAGCAGCCCAGCCACCCUGGUGCGACACCCCUGCUACCACAGUGGCUACCAGACCACCCUGCCCCUGGCCACCCUGUCCGAGUCGCCCUGCGUCCACACCGCGGCGCCCCUGGACCCCACACAGAACCUCACCGUUGAGGGCACGGGCAACCCUGGGGCCUGUGUGGCGGCCAUCCAUGGGCUCUUCAACUUCAGCUGCCAGGACCAGGGAGACUGCGCCUUCAAUGGGGUCUACCAGCCCCCUGUGCAGGGGCAAUUCUACGCCUUCUCCAACUUCUACUACACCUUCCACUUCCUCAACCUCACCUCCAGGCAGCCACUGGGCACUGUGAAUGCCUCGGUCUGGGACUUCUGCCAGCGGCCCUGGCGGCUAGUAGAGGCCAGUUACCCUGGCCAGGAGCGCUGGCUGCCGGACUACUGUGUCUCGGGGCUGUACAUCCUCACACUGCUGCGGGACGGCUACGGCUUCCGAGAGGAGACCUGGCCCAGCAUAGAGUUCCAGAAACAGGCCAGUGGCACUGACAUUGGCUGGACACUGGGCUACAUGCUGAACCUGACUGGCAUGAUCCCGGCCGAGGCGCCAGCUGAGUGGCGGGCACAGAACUACAAGGUCUGGGUGGCUGGAGUGGCACUCGUAGUGCUGACCCUGGUGGCCAUUCUCGGGGCUGCCGCGGUCCAUCUCCUCUGGCCCCAGAACUAGGCCAGGCCUUGCCAAAGCAGACCGUGAUGGCUGCAACUGGAACCCGUGAACAUCUGAGUCACCUACACCUCGGGGUCCAGGUCAGCGAGCAGUGCUUGAAGGAGAAGCCUGCACACUGUGUAUCCCUCGCUGUGGCCUCCCUGCCCCUCCCCCAGGCCCUGGCUACGGGCAGCAAGACCUUCCUGCACCAACCAGCCAGCCCUGCAGCACCCCAAGGUGGCCACUGGGACCCCCCCUUCCCUACGGUGAUCAGAGGACCUGCGGAAGCGGCAUAUGGGGCCAGCGCACCCCGUGCCCUCCCAAGGGUCUGCUGGGCCCCAUCCUUGCCAAGGCCACAACAAGGGACACAUAGUGGUGCUGUUUUUAUUAAAGCUUCUGCAACGAGA